AUGGAUGCAAAGGCGACUUCUCAGGGCGAGCACAAGCUCUCAGUGCCAACCCAGUCGCUGGGCGAGAAUACCAUCGGAAUCGACGACGAUGCUCUCUUGCGUAUGUCCGAGCAAAUCCCCGACUUUGCCAACGUCGUCGAAAAGGCCCAUCGUGCGUCCAACUUUGAGCACAAACUGACCAACCGCGAUGCCUUCAAGAUCUUCCCCAAGGCCAUCGGAUUCUCGCUCAUCCUUUCCCUUGCUAUUAUCAUGGAAGGAUACGACACCUCCCUCCUCGGCUCGUUCUACGCCUACCCGACCUUCCGUGAGAAGUUCGGAGUCCAAACCGAAGCGAACGGCUAUCAAGUUACGUCAGACUGGCAGACCGGCCUGCAGAACGGAACCAACGUUGGCCAGAUCCUCGGCCUCAUCUUUGCCGGUCUCAUUGCAGAUCGCUUCGGCUACAAGAAGACCAUGCUUGGCGCAUUGGUUGCCCUGACUUGCUUUAUCUUCCUCAUGUUCUUCGCUCAGAAUAUCAUCAUGUUGCUCGUUGGCGAGGUCCUCUGCGGUAUCCCAUGGGGAGCCUUUCAAACUUUGACAACGACCUACGCCGCCGAAGUUAGUCCUAUCGUCCUUCGACCAUACCUGACAACAUACGUGAACCUCUGCUGGGUCACCGGGCAGUUCAUCUCUGCCGGAAUUCUGCGUGGACUAUUGGGACGUACUGAUCAAUGGGGAUGGCGCAUUCCAUAUGCAAUCCAAUGGGUGUGGCCCGUUCCCAUUAUCAUUGGUGUUCUCUUCGCACCCGAGUCUCCCUGGUGGCUCGUUCGAAAUGGAAGAACCGAGGACGCAAAGCGAUCUCUCAAUCGCCUGUCCAGACCCGGUAUCUCAGAAUAUGAUGCCGGAGAUGCCGUUGCACUGAUGAUCCUCACAAACGCCAACGAAAAGCUCUCCCGGGAGGGUGUUUCAUACUGGGACUGUUUCAAGGGCGUCGACCUUCGCCGCACAGAGAUCGUCUGCUGCGUCUGGAUGUGUCAAGUCUUCUGCGGUAUCUGGUACGGCGGGAACAUCGUCUAUUUCUUGCAACAAAUCAACUUCAGCAACGAGCAAGCCUUCAACUUCGGACUCGGAUUGAACGCCGUCGGCUGGUGUGGCACUGUCUGCUCGUGGUUCGUGAUGCAGCGAGUUGGUCGCCGCAAGUUGUUCGUCGCCGGUCUUGGUAUCCUAUUCUGUAUUCUGAUGCUGGUUGGAUUCCUCGGUAUCCCGAGCGGCAAGAACGCAGGAAUCAGCUACGCAUCUGCUGCCCUCUUGAUGGUAUUCGUCUUCACUUAUGACCUGACUGUUGGACCUGUUACCUACUGUCUCAUUUCCGAGAUCCCGUCUACUCGUCUUCGAAUCAAGAGUACUGUUCUUGCUCGUGACUGCUACAAUGUCGCCAGUAUCGUUGCCAACUUCUUGAACCCGCCCAUUCUCAACCCCCUGGCUUGGAAUUUGAAGGGCAAGGGUGGGUUUAUAUGGGCUCCUCUUUGCCUCACCUGCCUUAUCUGGUCUUUCUUCCGUCUUCCUGAGCCCAAGGGCCGGACUCCGGCUGAGCUGGAUAUCUUGUUCGAGAAAAAGGUUCCUGCUCGCAAAUUCACCAAGUUCGAGGUUACGCCGUUCCGAUCGGCUAACUUUGAGGUUGCCGACGCGAAUACUCUGUCUGAGAAAUACUAG